AUGCCACGGCCGCAGCUCCGCUCGCACGCGCGCCAUUGCUUGCUCCGGCCACCUGUUCCAGUGCCGCCAAAAGCUGUGCCCGCUCUGCUCUGUCGCGCACGCGCCAGCUCCCUGCACUCCAGCGCUCACCAGCCGUUCGCGCGCCUCACUCCAGCCGAGCCGCGCGCUCACGCCCUGCGCCUGCGCAGUGCCUGCCACCAGCUCAACGCCGGCGCUUUGCCCUUGGGCCCGCCCGCGCCGUGCACCUGCUCCGCUCAAGCCUGCGCUGCUCCUCUUCCGCCUGAGCCGCCGCGCCGCGAGACGGCCGCGCUCCGCACGCCUGCGCCACCGCCAGCCCGCGCCGCUCCGCACGCCUGGGCCACCGUCAGCCCGCACCGCUCGCACGCCUGGCCGCCGCCCUGCGUGCGCUCCGCCAACGCCAGCGCCUCCCGCGCGUUCCGCCCGCCUGCGCGCUGCUGCGCGCCGCCAAAUCCAGCUCCCGCGCCCGCCCGUGCACCUGCGCUUACCGCGGCCCGCGCGCUGCCUUGCGCCGUCCGCUCUGGCCCCCACGCGCCAGCCACGCGGCCGUGCGCCCGCCAGCUCGCUCCGCCCGCGAGCUGCAGCCGCCUGCUGCCGGCCGCUCGCCUGGAGCCGCUGGGCGCCGCCCAGCAGAGCCGUGUGGAGGAGAUAGACGAGAGAGAGUGA